UUCCGUUGUAAUUACAAAUUAAUUUUGGCCUGAAAAUGGUCAAAUAGUUACUUUUUCUGGCAGGAAAGCAAUGGAAUUGCAGAGUAUGGGGGAAAGAGUAUUUGCCGCAGAAUGUAUACAAAAAAAGAGAAUCCGUAGAGGUAAAGCAGAGUAUUAUGUGAAAUGGAAAGGGUGGUCAACAAAAAAUAACACAUGGGAGCCAGAGAGCAACAUCCUUGAUAAAAGACUCAUUGAUGCUUUCAACAGAAGAAAUCCAGAUGGAGGUCAGAGGAAGAGAGGCCCAAAACCGAAAAAACACAGAAAACAGUCGUCUGCAUCAAAUGAAGUCAGUGACCAGUCUGAUGAUGAUUCGGACAAACCGCAUAAAAGUGGUUCACACUCAAGAGGCGCAGUCUCUGACUCUGACAGUGAUGAUUCAGAUACUCAAUCUAAAAGUGAUGAUGAGUCAAUGUCUGACACUUCGCAGGAGUCUAAAUCAGCUGUUAAUGAUAAAUCUAGUGUAAAUAGUGAUUCUUCAGAUGAAGAAAGCAAGAAAGCUAUGGACAGAAUCAAUAAUGAAUCUAGUGAUUCAGUGACUCCACCACCACCAAAGUUAACACCAGUCAGAAAACGUGGAAGGCCACCAGGCUCUUUAAAUAAACCAAAACAUUUAGUACUGCCUCAUUUACACAGUAUGAAACCGAGAGGAAAAGGGACUGUCGGCAGGCCAAGGGGUAUAGGUAGGGGACGGAGCCUGAAAAGGGGCUUUGGAAGAGGGCUCAGCCAAGGAAGAGGUAGUUCGAAAGCAGCCAGUUUGCUUAAAACUAUUGGAAGGGGACUCAAUCGCUCACCUGGAAAAAUACUAAAAACGAGAGGUGGUGUAAGAGGCAGAGGGAUGAGGGGAUCAGCUCUUAAUAAAAUUAAAAUGAAAUCAGGAAGACCACCUGGAAGACCAAGGAAGAUAGAUAAAAAUAACCAAUCCACUGAUAAAAAUACUCCAAAAUCCAUUAAUUCACCAAAAGACAUUAAAUCCAUGAAAUUUUUCUCUCAUUUGAAAGUAGAAAAAUCCAGUCCAGAGAAUGACAGAAAGUGGAACAAUAUGGGGUCCUUAGAAGGGGUUAGCAUACUAGAACAUGAACCAGACUCAAUGGAUGAUGAUUAUGAUGACGAUGAAGAUGAAGAUGAUUACGACAAUGGCGACAGUGACAGUCUGAUAGAGCGGCCUGUCGAUCUUCGUAAUUACUGGAUCCCUCCAUCCAAUGUGAAAUCAUUACUUGAUCAAGUGUGUAUAACUGAUGUGACAACAAAUUCGGGAACAAUAACAUUCAGGGAAUGUACUUCGGAAUCUGGUUUCUUUAAUAAUGAGAAUGGAGCACAUAGUUGAUGCUACAUUUUGUCAUAUCAUAUCUGUAUCAUGCUUUUUUUUAAUGACAUUUUCACAAAAUAUAAACUUUUUCCAAUAAUUCGUUACGCAAAUUAUACUGAGCAUGGGUUAAUUUUUUGAUAGUGAUUAAUGUUCAUAUGUUGAAAAUUCGGGCUUCAGUGUUUACAAGGCGUUAUUUCUUGACUUCUAUAUUUUAAUUGAUACUGAGGUCAUGAUUCAUGCUAUGGCUGUAUCAAUUUUUCAGUUAAUCAUUUAGAUAUGCACUUCUGGACAGAUUAAUAGCUCAGUAUGUUAUGACCGAUUAGGACAUGGAAACACUACACAAAUACAAACACAUUUAAAAGUUAGAUUUUUUGCUGAUGCAAGAUAAUUUUUUUUCCAAGAGACUGGCUUGAUGUGACCUAUCUGAAUUGAGUAAACAGGAGACUACAGUUUGUAGAUAAAUGCAAGUUAUUUGUAGGAAUAGCACAAAAUAGAACAUGUGAGUGAGCUCUCAUCAAACACUGUUUUUGGUUGUCUGGAUUGAAGUUUUGUUGGAUUUUCUUUAUGAAGCACCAGAGUUUAUUGGUCUGUCAUUGUAUAGAUUUAAUAUAAUGAUGUCUGAGAAAUGUAUUUUUACUGUUGUGAUGGAGUUGUUGUGAAUCAUUGCAUCAUUAUAAGACCGUGUAUUGUGUUCAAUCAUUAUAAACGUCAUUUAUUUAUUUCAUACUCACCUUUGUUACUCACGUUACUGAGUAAUACUCUAAUGUCCCAGUAAGUUUUUGGUUUUAAUGAAAUGGCUCAAGGUAUUUGUAGUUUAUGUUGGUAUAAUUGAAAUACAUGUGUGUUAUAUGUUGCAUCAUUUUUGUGUUCAGAAAUCAAUUAUGAAGGUUCACUUUGUACUACCGUUUUAACCUGCGUAAUUUUAACUGCUACGCAUAAAAAUUGCAGCAAAUGAAAGUAAAUUUUGCAACCAAUUUUCUAAUUUUUAUGGAUUUUUGAAAGUCUAACUUACCUUUACAGAAGAGUGAAUUUUAGAUAAUCCUUUAGGGAUUUAGAUUAAUUUUGUAAAAGUUUUGAAACUGAUAAAAAAGGAUUUUUAAAAACUGGAUACAUCGUUGGUAAUUCUAAAUUUGAGUUUUGAAACAGAAACUGUGUUAAUAAAUGAAGUGAACUUAAACUAUUACAUUUCCACAGUCUCUGACAACCAGGACACUUGCCAGCGAAUUUGUUUGAAAGAAACAAAUCUACAAAAUUGUGAUUCAUUUUAAGUUGAGCUAAUUGAUAAGCAAAAUUUAUCAUAUAAUGUAAUGAUAUUAAAAAGAUGAAAAAAGAAAAAUUUCAGUUGAAAUUCAAAUGGCUCACCAGUCAGAGCACAGAGUGUUCCUAGUGAGCUUGUAGGAUGACUGAAUGUCUGUCACCUAUUCACAUUUAGUUUAUUUAUUGACUCUGAAAUUUUUAAUUAAACUUGGGCACAAAAAUAUAGUCAUAAGUUUUCAUUCAAAUUUGGUUAUAUGCUACAUGGGUCAAAGAGUGUGGUCUUUUGUAUUAAUUUAAAAAAAUGCCAUGUUCAAGAUCAUUCACUGUCUAGCACCUUCACUUCUACAAAACAUAAUAAUAAUUUAACAAAAUGAGUAUGACAUAUUAAGGUCACAGUUCAGUUUGAUUACAAGUAAAACUUAUAAGUACCACUGAUUAAUAAGAAAAUACCAUAUUUUGGUUAUGCUUGCACUUUAGUAACUUUUUUUAUCAGCUCUUGUUAUAUACAUAGGACUAGAUCAGAAUAGUUUGUCUAGAAAUAUGAGCCCUUGAUAAAAAAAAAUGCUGUAUUAGUGUUUACUUUGUUGGACCUUUACUCCUUAAACUAUCAGUAUUGUAUUUAUACAGAAUUUGUAAACCAGUAAGAUAUUGUUUAAGUACGACUAUAGGCUGGAUCAGAGUAGUAGGUCUAGUGUUACGUGCAUAAUAUCAUCUCAGUCAUGUUUAGUUGUGGACUGAGUGUUUAGAACUAUAUAUGCCCUUGAUUUAUCAGAAAAUGGUGAAUUUCACCUUUUUAAUGCUCUAGCAACUUCGUUUCUAACUUGUUUAGAUGGAAUGUGUAUUCUUAUAAAAUAUUUUUGGUCACAUACAAGUAUAUGGGCACAGCGACCCUAUUAAGAACAUUACACAGAAAUAUCUUAA